AUGGCAGACCUCUUGGCUGUUCCCUCUGCGGCACCUGCCUCUCAGCCCAAGAGUGCCACUAACGGCCACUACCCUGCCCCACGCCUUGCCAUCUCCUCCCGAGCCACGGUGGUAGCCAGAAUGGAAGGAGCCUCCCAGGGGGGCCUGCAGACCGUCAUGAAGUGGAAAACAGUGGUUGCCAUCUUUGUGGUCGUGGUGGUCUACCUCGUCACCGGGGGUCUCGUCUUCCGGGCCCUGGAACAGCCUUUUGAGAGCAGCCAGAAGAAUACCAUUGCUGUGGAAAAGGCGGAAUUCCUGCGAGAUCACGUCUGUGUGAGUCCCCAGGAGCUGGACACGCUGAUCCAGCAUGCCCUGGAUGCUGACAACGCGGGAGUCAGUCCCAUCGGCAACUCUUCCAACAACAGCAGCCACUGGGACCUUGGAAGUGCCUUUUUCUUUGCCGGAACCGUCAUCACCACCAUAGGGUAUGGGAAUAUUGCUCCAAGCACUGAAGGAGGCAAAAUCUUUUGUAUUUUGUAUGCCAUCUUUGGAAUUCCACUCUUUGGUUUCUUAUUGGCUGGAAUUGGAGACCAACUUGGAACCAUCUUUGGGAAAAGCAUUGCGAGAGUGGAGAAAGUCUUUCGAAAGAAGCAAGUGAGUCAGACCAAGAUUCGGGUCAUCUCCACCAUCCUGUUCAUCUUGGCUGGCUGCAUUGUGUUCGUGACCAUCCCUGCUGUCAUUUUCAAGUACAUCGAGGGGUGGACAGCCCUGGAGUCCAUUUACUUUGUGGUGGUCACUCUGACCACAGUGGGCUUUGGCGACUUCGUGGCAGGGGGAAACACUGGCAUCAAUUACCGGGAGUGGUAUAAGCCCUUAGUGUGGUUUUGGAUCCUUGUUGGCCUGGCCUACUUUGCGGCUGUCCUCAGUAUGAUCGGAGAUUGGCUGCGGGUUCUUUCCAAAAAGACAAAGGAGGAGGUCGGUGAGAUCAAGGCCCAUGCAGCCGAGUGGAAGGCCAAUGUGACCGCCGAGUUCCGGGAGACCCGGCGGCGGCUCAGUGUGGAGAUCCACGACAAGCUGCAGCGGGCAGCCACCAUCCGCAGCAUGGAGCGCCGGCGCCUGGGCCUGGACCAGCGGGCUCACUCGCUGGACAUGCUGUCGCCCGAGAAACGCUCUGUCUUUGCUGCCCUGGACACGGGCCGCUUCAAGGCCUCCUCCCAGGAGAGCAUCAACAACCGGCCCAAUAACCUGCGCCUUAAGGGGUCGGACCAGCUGAACAAACACGGGCAGGGGGCCUCUGAGGACAACAUCAUCAACAAGUUUGGGUCUUCCUCCAAACUCACCAAGAGGAAAAACAAGGACCUCAAAAAGACUCUGCCCGAGGAUGUCCAGAAAAUCUACAAGACCUUCCGGAAUUACUCCCUGGACGAAGUGAAGAAGGAAGAGGUGCUGGGGAAGGUGUGUAACUCCGACCAUUCCAGCACGGCCAUGCUGACCGACUGCAUCCAGCAGCAGGCCGGGGUGGAGAACGGGAUAGUCCCCACGGACACCAAAGAUGAGGAGCUGGAGAACAACUCCCUACUUGAAGACAGAAACUAAAUGUGGAGGACUUUGAACUUGAACUAAGCGUUGAUUUUUGGUUGUUGUUGUUUUUUGUUUUUUUUUAAUAUUCACACUGAGACACGUGCCUUAAACUUGACUUCUCGUUAGUCUGAAAUUUACAUAGCAUCGAAGACUCUAUUUCACUGUGCCAUAAACCAUCUGAACACCUGCUCUGUCUGCCGCAAGGAGUCAAACAACCUCGCUUCCGAUUUCUGAGAACGACAGCAGGGCGCCAGGGAGCAUUCGCAUCCUGGGGAGGUGACCGCUGUUCGUGGGGAGGGAGUUUUCGUGGCGAUGCUUCUGUGGCUGUUCCGUGGCCCUUGCCCUGGCCAGGCACUUCCCAAAGGGCAGCUAUUCCUUAGACCAGCCUUCUGAAGGGAAGACGCGUGUCUUGUAAGUGGCCUCUCAUGUCUUGAACCUACCAUUUAGUGAUGUGUGCACACUGAGAAAGGGACUUGGUGGGGGUGAACUGGUAACUGUACCCUGGCUUAGAUGUGACAUUGCGGCUUGCGCCCCGAGCUUGAAUUUUGAUCCCAACCGUUCCAUGCAUACCUACUCUUUUGAAACUCCAAAUGAAUGUCCAUGGGACUCAAGAGCACACGGACCCUGUGGGAAGCAGAUCAGAGCACACGCUGCAGUCAACGGUGCAAUUGCUUUCCUCUUGACAAAAGAAAAAACAAAUCGCCACAGACACAGCCCACUGUGGGUAUCACUUUAACCAAUGACGCAAGUCUACCGGUUUCCUUCUUUCUCCGAGGGAUAGGGAGUCCAAAUAGGCUUGCAAGCAGCGGUGAGAACUCAACCCGGUCAAAGGCUAAUAUGCAUUCUCAAUAGGUCAAGUGGUGACGAGGAACUGGUUCUGAAAUAGCCACGCGCUCACCUUUCUAGGGGAACUUUGGUUAUGACUUGCUUUGAUAAGAGGGGUGGAGGAAACACCGAAACUAUUGCCUUGCAUGAUGCCAGCAGCUUGCUGUUCUGUCUAGCCGAUGCUACCUUUGAUGACAGUAGCCAUCCUUCGUUUCUGAGACAUCCCGAGGAGGACCAUGGCAUCAUUCCAUCUCAGGGCUUUCUGUCCCUUUGGGUGUCUUAGGGUUCGACCUAGUCACGAAAUCCAAUCUUGUUAGCUCCCAACAAAAUGAAACCCAAUCUCUUGAACCACCCCUUGUAUCAUAAAAUUGAAAUGUUUUGAUUGCUUGCAGUUUAAGUGCCAUUACCGACAUUUUAAAAAAAUACUUAAAAAGAACUAUUUAACCUAUUUAAUUUUGC